CCCGGUCUAUACACAUGCCGAGUCGCGUUAGUUACCAUACGAGGGUGAAUGAGUUUCCCCGCUUGUUUUGUUUCUUGUAUGAUCGAUUUCGCGGCGGUUUUCGGGAAGUUGAGCAGUUUCUGCCAGCCGAGGUUCAUUUUGCCAACGCAGUUGGCUGUGCACAGACGUUCGGUUUUUCUGGUUUUGUUUGACAAGUGCGAGUUGAUUAUUUUUUCGGGUUUUUUUUUUCGAUUCCAACGGAUCAACAUGGGUGAUGAGAAGAAAAAGAAAGAAGAAAAGGAGGAUCCGUGUGCGGCAUUCGUUGGCAGUUACGUGCUGAAGACGAUGCGGUUGAAGGAGGAAAAAUGGCAGAAGAUGAUGGGGAACGAAGAUUUCAAGAUGAUCGUAAUGGAGUGGGUCAAGAGGGCCAACGUACGGCGGUUGAUCAUAACGCUCAACAAUGCGGGAGCGCUGAUUCCGACUCACUUCUUUCCGACGACCGGCAAGGGGAAGCGGUGCUUUUUCGUUAAAGCUAGGGAGACGGUUUUGAACAGCGAGGACAUUCGGGAGCAAAUCAUGUACGGUGACCUUUCGGCGAGUCCCAUCGAUGACCUUGCCACGAUAGUGGAUGAGAUAUUCUAUCCGAUUAUCAGCAACCCGAGGAAUCAGGAUGGCUGGCCGGAUGUAAUCAAGAAGGACGUCGACAGCCACUUCCAGGACCUGCGGAACAUCAUUACCGAGGUUAAGGGUAAUAUCAUUAAUCAAACACUUCUGCCUAUGCCGAUAUCGAUCGGGGAGGUGGAGAGCGUUGGUCAGCAGAUUGCCGAGGGUAACCCGGACGGCUGCUCGCUCAAGAUGAAAAACUCGCUGGAGGGUAUCGUGAUCAAGUGGGCCUACCAGAUCAAUGACGUACUGAAGGAGGACUCGACGUCGAUCUUCAAGGACGGUCACCAUCCGUCGCCGCUGGAGGAGAUCACCUUCUGGGAUGCCCGGCAGAGCAAUAUGCGUAACAUUUACACCCAACUGCUAGAACCCCGGGUUCGUCAGAUCGGAAUCAUCCUGGAGGGUAUCGAUUCGGUGUACUUUUCCUCGUUCAAGUCCACGUUUCAGAGUGUAGUCGCGGCGGUGCACGAAGCGGAUGAUGUUACUCUGUAUUUGAAGCCACUGAAAAAACACUUUGAGACGUUCGAGAGUACCGACUUUACGGACUCGCUGGAACUGAUCGCACCGAUGCUGCACUGCAUCUGUAUGAUGUGGGGACAUUCGUUCUACUACGGCACCAACACCCGUAUGAUGAUUCUCUUCAAGAUGAUCAGCAACAUGAUGAUCACCGAGGCAAGCAAGUGUUUGGACCCGGGAUCGUUGUUUCAGGGCGAACCAGAUGAGUGUUUGCUGAAGAUUAACAACGUGAUCGACAAUUUGCUGUACUACAAAGAUCAGUUCCAUGAUUUCCAUGGUCGGUUGAACGAGUUUCGUCAGCCCGACACCCAACCGACUUACUGGACGUUUCGGCUUCAGACGAUCUUCGACCGACUCGAUCGAUACCUUACCCGGUUGACCCAAAUAAAGGAUAUUUUCUACACUGCGACGGAGUUUCGCAAGCUGGAAAAAGUUGAAAUUGGAGGCCUACGAGGUCGUGCCAUCAGCCGGAAGAUGCAAGAUAUUUACGACGAUUUCAACAAACUGUAUCUUCGUUGGGGUAUCAUCCAGUACGAUCCGCUAGACCCGGAUCCUAACGAUAAGACGUUCGAGCGUGACUUGGCCAAGUACCAGGAGCGUACGGAUGUGAUGGAAAGAAAACUGACAGCCCAGUUUGUGCUAGCCUUCGAUGAGUGCAACAACGUAGAGCAACUUAUGAAAUUGGUACAAAUUGCCGGUACACUGCUGAACCGUCCGCUAAUUCUACCCGACAUUCAACGGAAGAUCACUAACAUUGUCAAUCUGUACAACAACGAUCUAAAUAUUGUAAAACGAAUCUUCGACGAUGGCUGUGAAGGGUACGCGAAAAGUGGCCUGAAUGGGAUCCCAAUCGAUCCAAGCUUUCCACCAGUAGCUGGAGCAAUUCUCUGGAUCCAUAAGAUGCGAGAUCGCAUCACGAAGCCGAUCAAUGAUCUGACCAUGGUCGAGUAUCCACUCUUUAAAAACGAAGACGACGAGUAUGUGAUGAAAAACUACCACGAAAUGAUGCGACAUUUGGAAGCCUUCGAAAGUAAACUAUUCAAGGAAUGGUCAUCGAGUGUGGCAAAACAUAUCGCUUCACACAUGAGCAAAGCCCUGUUGGUCCGUAAUCCGGACAAGGGCUUACUGGAGAUGAACUUCAAUCAUGCGUUGGUUAUGAUCCUGCUGGAGAUACGCUACAUGAAGCGGAUGGGACUGGCGAAUAUUCCGGACAAGGCACUGCAAUUCUCCGAUUCGGAGGAGGCCCUUUGGCAAGCUCGGAUGAAGUUGAUGCGGAUUGUCGAAUGGUACAACGAGAUCGUCGAAAACUGCGUACCUUGUGAGCGUGAUCUGAUUCAUAAAGAGAUUGUCGCCAUCGAUAAAACCAUUGAACUGGCCUGCUCCGGAAGGAUCGAUUGGAACAACUACGAAGCGCCCUUCAUCGAGAAAUUCUACGAUAGUCUCGACAAUCUGCACGGCCGGGUAUUGAAGGCCCAGAACAACAUCAAGAGGAUUCAGGAGAGUAUUCGCAGCUGGGGGCAGGUUCCGAUGUAUCAACGAAAGGACGGCGGCACAGACGGUCUGCUGGAUAUCGACGAUCGUCCCGGGAAGGUUCAACGGCGGUUGGAGGCUUGUUUCGACACGAAAAAGUUAAUCAAUAUUGCGAUCGAGCAAAACUUCCGAUACUACUUUGACUUUCCGGUAAAGUUGGAGGAAAAGGCAGUCUCUGAGAUGAGCGUGAAAAGGGCAGCCACUGUUGAGUCCCUGCUAGUGGUUAAAGAAUCGUCCGCCGAGGAGAUAGUUGAUGAAGAUCAACAAGAAGCUGGCGAGGUAGGGUCACAAGCCGGUUCGGAGGAUGUGCUUUCUUCGAAAAGUGCUGAAAUCGAUCGAACGGCUUCGCAGCUGUCUUUGUUCAGACCCUACCAGGAGUACGUUGAUUCACUGGUUUCGAAAGAGAUUCUGGACUCUAUCAACACCAGCAUCCGGUACAUUAAGUUUGAGAUGGAGAACCGUUUGGAGCACGAUGCUCCGAUCUUCGAGAUAAAGUACGAGCUACAUCCUCCUAAAACAUGCUUCGUACCAACUUUGGAUCCCUACGAUCCAAACGGUUUUCUGGUGAUGGUUGAAGGUCUGCUGACUGAUAUCUACUGUAUGAGUACCAUUUCCAGGGUUGCCCAACCACCGGAAGCUGAACGAACUGAUGAAAACGGCGAGGUUACCUUGGCAACCUAUCUAGAUCACCUUGACGAUAAUCUGGAAAUCGAACGAAUGAAGGACUCGAUCAUCAACCGUUUGAUCCAGACGGUGCGUGAAGUGGAUGACUACACUCAACGAUUCGAUGACUACAACUAUCUCUGGUUGGACGAUAAACACUCCGUCCUGGAGCAGUUCCUUAAAUACGGUCGCCCCUUGACGCCAGACGAAAUGGAGAUGUUGCUUUCUGCCGAAACUCCACUCCGCGAGGUUGCUCCAACGCUAGAGCAAUUCAAGGUACAGAUCGAUAGUUACUACGACCUGUACGAUAAGAUCUUUGUCGACAUGGACGUCUCCACGGUGUUCGACGUGUGGUUGUCGCUAGAUCUGCGUCAUUUUAAAACGGUUCUACUGCUGGAGAUUAGUAAGUGGUCUAAUCUGUUCAAGAACAAUUUGAUCGAUAAGGUUGUGGUAAGUCUUCAAGAACUAGAAGACUUCGCCAACGAGUGUGAUGAGAUAUUCGUGCUAGAAGCAGCGGAAGAAGAUUUCCCUACCUUGUUGAAGAUUCUGUCUGCAUUGAACAAGCUAAAGGAGCGUGAGAACACCUACGACAAUAUGUUUGAACCGCUGAAAGCCACGGUCGAUCUGUUGAAAGGUUACAACGUCGAGUUUGAUGAGAACGUGUACAAACAGUUUGCCGAACUGCCGGAGCGUUGGCUUCAUAUCAAGAAAACCGCUAUGAAAGUUCGUGAGAAGAUAGCUCCGGCGCAAGCCUACCAGGUGGAUCUGAUCAAGAAACGAAUCGCGCUGUUCGACAUCCGUUCCAAGUUGUACAGGGAAGGUUUCAAGAAGCUACCCUUCUUCAAGGUUCCCUGCGAAAACGUGUACCAGAUGUGCAAUCAGGUCAACCUGGAGCUGAACAUAAUGGAAACUCAGAUGAAGAGUUUAAGCGAUUCGGCUGCGCUGUUCGAGCUGUACCCUCCGGACGAUCUUAAGCUGCGGCAGUGUCGGAAGGAAAUUCGCAUGGUAAAACAGAUCUGGGAUUUUGUGUAUGCGGUUGAAUCGUGCGUUAAUGACUGGAAGAAGACGCCGUGGAAGAAGAUCGACGUGGAAGCGAUGGAAGUCGAGUGUAAGAACUACGGAAAACAGAUUCGCCAGCUGGACAAGGAUAUGCGUGGGUGGAAUCCGUAUCAGCAUGUGGAGGCGGUGCUGAAAAAUCUGCUGACAUCGCUGCGGGCGAUCACGGAGCUGCAGAAUCCGGCGAUCCGGGAACGGCACUGGAUCGAGCUGAUGCAGGCUACGAAGCUGUUGAAAACUUACGGAAGGGAAAUGUUGGUCCGGUUUCGCAUGGACGACUCGACGACCCUGGCCGAUCUGUUGGAGCUGAACUUGCACAACUACGAGGAAGAGGUGAAAACGAUUGUGGACAAAUCGGUCAAGGAGAUGGGCAUGGAGAAGGUGCUGCGCGAUUUGGAGGUUGCCUGGAAGGAUCUGGUCUUCGAUUACGAUUCGCACGAACGAACCGGGCUGAAGUUGCUUAAAGUUUCCGAGGAGAUUAUCGAAAUGCUAGAGGAGAACCAGGUGCAGCUGCAGAAUCUGAUGUCGUCAAAGUUUAUUGCGUUCUUCCUGACGGAGGUUUCCAAAUGGCAGCUGGCCCUGUCGAACGCGGAUCAGGUGAUAACGGCCUGGUUCGAGGUUCAGCGCAAGUGGAUGUAUUUGGAGAGCAUCUUUAUUGGGUCGGAGGACAUCCGGAAUCAGCUGCCGGAAGAUUCCAAACGGUUCGAUGGCAUUGACAGGGAGUUCAAACGGUUGCUGGAAGAGAUUGUGGCCAAUCCGAAUAUUGUGAAAGCUACCAACAGGGAGGGACUGUCUGAUAAGUUGGAAAAGUUGCUGUCGGAGUUGGUGAUGUGCGAGAAGGCUUUGAACGAUUAUCUGGAGACGAAACGUUUGGCAUAUCCUCGGUUCUACUUUGUAUCGUCUGCCGAUUUGUUGGACAUUCUGUCCAACGGCAAUCAACCGGAACUGGUAGCGAAGCAUCUGACGAAGCUAUACGAUUCCAUCGCGAAGCUGGUGUUUUCCAAACUCUCCAAGAAAGUGGCCGUUGGAAUGAUUUCGAAAGAGAACGACGAAUAUGUGGCGUUUAAAAGCAACUGCGACUGCAGUGGGAAGGUGGAAAUCUGGUUGAACCGCGUGACGGAUUCGAUGCGCAUGACGUUGCAUCAGUCGUUUGAACAGGCCGUGAUAGCCUACGAGGAGAAGCCACGUGAUCAGUGGAUCUUCGAUUGGCCAGCUCAACCGGCACUCUGUGCAACACAGAUCUGGUGGACUACGGAGGUGAACGUUGCCUUCGCCCGGUUGGAGGAAGGUUACGAAAAUGCUCUGAAGGACUACCAGAAGAAGCAGAUUGUCCAGUUGAGUGCGCUUAUUGUGCUACUGUGCGGUGAGCUUAGUCAGGGUGAUCGUCAGAAGAUUAUGACCAUCUGUACGAUUGAUGUCCACUCGCGGGAUGUCGUCGCGAAGAUGAUCUUCCAGAAGGUGGAAACUGGUCAGGCCUUUCAGUGGCAGAGUCAGCUGCGGCAUCGCUGGGACGAUCAGCUGCGAGACUGUUUUGCGAAUAUUUGCGAUGCUCAGUUCCGGUAUGACUAUGAAUAUCUAGGGAAUACGCCCAGGUUGGUGAUCACUCCGUUGACCGAUCGGUGCUACAUUACUUUAACACAGUCGCUUCAUUUGAUUAUGGGAGGUGCCCCUGCUGGUCCGGCCGGAACGGGUAAAACCGAAACAACGAAAGAUCUGGGGAGAGCCUUGGGGAUAAUGGUGUACGUAUUCAACUGUUCGGAACAAAUGGACUACAAAUCGUGUGGCAACAUCUACAAGGGGCUGUCGCAAACCGGUGCCUGGGGCUGUUUUGACGAGUUUAACCGGAUCUCGGUGGAAGUGCUGUCGGUGGUGGCCGUCCAGGUGAAGACGAUCCAGGAUGCAAUCAAGGGUGAACAAAAAUAUGCAACCCUUAGUGAUAUCAAGGGCAAAAAGGAGCGGUUCAAUUUUAUGGGCGAAAACAUCGCCCUCAUCCCGACGGUGGGCAUCUUCAUCACGAUGAAUCCGGGCUACGCCGGCCGAACCGAGCUGCCGGAGAAUCUUAAAGCCCUGUUCCGACCGUGCGCGAUGGUGGUACCGGAUUUUGAGCUAAUUUGCGAAAUUAUGCUGGUCGCCGAGGGUUUCCAGGAGGCUCGGCUGUUGGCACGGAAGUUCAUCACGCUGUACACGCUGUGUAAGGAACUGCUGUCCAAGCAGGAUCACUACGAUUGGGGUUUGCGUGCGAUCAAGUCAGUGCUGGUCGUGGCAGGAUCGCUGAAGCGAAGUGACCGCGAACGGCCAGAGGAUCAGGUGUUGAUGCGUGCCCUGCGAGAUUUCAACAUCCCGAAGAUCGUAACCGACGACGUACCGGUUUUCAUGGGUUUGAUCGGCGAUCUGUUUCCAGCGUUGGACGUUCCGCGAAAACGAUCACCCGAUUUCGAACGGUUGAUCCGAAAGUCUACCAUGGAGUUGAAACUUCAACCUGAGGAUAAUUUUAUUUUGAAGGUAGUUCAACUGGAGGAAUUAUUCGCCGUACGUCAUUCGGUGUUCAUUGUUGGAUUCGCCGGAACUGGGAAGACACAAGUGUGGAAAAGUUUGUUCAAAACCUACCAGAACCAGCGACGAAAGCCGCACUUUAACGAUCUGGAUCCGAAGGCCGUAACCAACGACGAGUUGUUCGGUAUCAUAAAUCCGGCGACACGCGAGUGGAAGGAUGGACUUUUCUCGGUGAUUAUGCGGGAGCAGGCUAACAUGGGUGGCAACGGACCGAAAUGGAUCGUGCUUGAUGGGGACAUCGAUCCCAUGUGGAUUGAAAGUCUGAACACGGUUAUGGACGACAACAAAGUGUUGACUCUGGCCAGUAACGAGCGGAUUGCUUUGACCAAGGAAAUGCGCCUACUUUUCGAAAUCUCAAACCUACGAACAGCGACUCCGGCCACCGUUUCCCGAGCUGGUAUCCUCUAUAUUAACCCACAGGAUCUCGGAUGGAAUCCAUUCGUUGCCUCCUGGAUCGAUUCCCGAGAAACGCAAGCCGAAAAAAGCAUCCUUUCCGUCCUGUUCGACAAAUACAUUCCUCCACUGAUCGAGGCCCACAAACGAUUCAAAAAAAUUACUCCCAUCUCGGAGAUUGCAAUGAUUCAGAUGACCUGCCAUCUGUUGGAUUGCCUGAUGACGCCGCAAAAUCUUCCACCGGACAGUCCCAAAGAGUGGUAUGAAAUCUACUAUGUAUUUGCGGUCAUUUGGGGUUUCGGUUCUUCGCUGUAUCAAGAUCAGCUGGUAGACUGGCGCAACGAAUUCCACAAAUGGUGGAUCAACGAGUUUAAAGCGAUACGAUUCCCACCCGGUGGAACAAUUUUUAACUACUACAUCGAUCCGGAAACGAAAAAAUUCAAUCCGUGGACGGAACUCGUACCCAGCUUCGAGUUGGACACGGACAUCCCGCUGCAAUCGAUUCUAGUUCCGACAGCGGAAACCACUCGGCUUCGUUGGUUCAUGGACAUUCUGAUUGAAGCGAAACAUCCGAUCAUGCUGAUUGGAGGUGCCGGUUCCGGCAAAAGUGUCAUCGUAGCCGACAAGCUUAAUAACCUUUCGUACAACUAUGCUGUCACCAAUGUCCCGUUCAAUUUCUACACGACCUCGGAAAUGCUUCAACGGGUGCUGGAGAAACCGCUGGAGAAAAAAGCCGGCAAAAACUUUGGCCCGCCUGGUAAUAAAACGAUGGUUUACUUCGUGGACGACAUGAACAUGCCCGAGGUGGAUACGUACGGAACUGUUCAACCGCACACCUUGAUCCGUCAGUUUAUGGACUAUCGGCAUUGGUACGAUCGAACCAAACUAACGCUGAAAGACAUCUACAACUGUCAGUUUGUGUCCUGCAUGAAUCCAACCGCCGGUUCCUUCACGAUCGAUUCUCGACUGCAGCGACAUUUCUGUGUGUUUGCCGUCAGCUUCCCAGCCGGUGAUCCCCUGUACCACAUUUACUACUCGAUCCUCUCGCAACAUCUCAGCAACCCGCUGAACAAGUUCUCGCUUCAAACGCAGAAGAUCUGUGCCGCUCUGGUGUCCUGCGCCCUUAAUCUACACUUACGAAUGGGACAAACCUUCCUACCGACGGCGAUCAAGUUCCACUACGUGUUCAACCUGCGCGAUCUGGCCAAUAUCUUCCAGGGUAUGCUGUUCGCCAAUGGAGAUACCUGCCCGGAGCCGAACUACCUGAUUCGGUUGUGGGUGCACGAAGCUACGCGAGUCUACAGCGAUAAGCUGGUUGAUGAUCGCGAUAUCGACGCCUACCGGAAGUUACGAUCGGACGUAGUUAAAAAGUCGUUUGAUGAUUUCGACGAAAGCAAGGUGUUCUCGACGCCCAUCAUCUACUGCCACUUUGCCGAGGGCUUGGUCGAUCCGAAGUACAUGCCGGUGGCGAAUUGGGAGAGUUUGACGAAAACGUUGGAAGAAGCGCAGGGGAAUUAUAACGAUAUGGUUGGAGCGAUGAAUUUGGUGCUGUUUGAAGAUGCGAUGAGUCACGUCUGUAGGAUUAGUCGGAUACUGGAGGGGCCGAGAGGGAAUGCGCUGCUGAUUGGAGUUGGGGGAUCGGGGAAGCAGUCGCUUUCGCGGUUGGCGGCGUUUAUUUCCGGGUUGGAGGUGUUCCAGAUUCAGCUGAGGAAGGGAUACGGUAUUGCUGAUUUGAAGGCGGAUCUGGGUGUGCUGUAUAUGAAGACGGGAGUGAAGAACGUUCCGUGUAUGUUUUUGAUGACGGAUGCACAGGUGGCAGAGGAGUCUUUUCUGGUGUUGAUCAAUGAUUUGCUUGCGUCCGGUGAGAUUCCGGAACUGUUUGCUGAGGAUGAUGUUGAUAAUAUUGUGAACGCGUUGAGGAAUGAGGUGAAGCAGUUGGGAAUGUUGGAUACGAAAGAGAACUGCUGGAAGUAUUUUAUCGAUAAGGUGCGGAAGUCGUUGAAGAUUGUGCUGUGCUUCUCGCCGGUUGGAUCUACGCUGCGUAUUCGGGCUAGGAAGUUUCCGGCUUUGGUGAACUGUACCGCUAUUAAUUGGUUCCACGAGUGGCCUAAGACGGCGCUGGAGUCGGUGUCGACUCGAUUUCUGGCUGACGUUGAAGUUAUGCCAUCGGAUUUAGUCGAACCGGUAGCCGUAUUUAUGGCGUAUGUUCACGGAACCGUCAACGAGAUGUCGGGAAUUUAUCUUCAGAAUGAACGACGGUAUAAUUACACAACUCCGAAGUCUUUCCUGGAGUUGAUCGCACUUUAUUCGAAAUUCGUCACGGAAAAACACGCCGAGUUGAAUGAUCGCGUCCAGCGAUUGGAGAGUGGAAUUCUAAAGCUGGCGGAAUGUGCCGAACAGGUUGACUCGCUGCAGAUUCAGCUGGCGGAGCAGGAGGUUGUUCUGAAAAAGAAAAAUCAGGAAGCGGAUAAGUUGAUCAAAGUGGUAGGUGCCGAGAACGAGAAAGUUCAGAAGGAGAAGAACUUUGCCGCUGAGGAGGAGAAAAAGGUGCGAAUAAUCGAGGAGGAUGUCGGUGUGAAGGCCAAGAUUUGCGAGGAAGAUUUGAAGAAGGCAGAACCGGCUUUGCUCGCGGCGCAGGAAGCUCUGAAUACGCUAGACAAGACCAAUUUGACUGAGUUGAAGUCUUUCGGAUCUCCGCCGGAUCUGGUUGUGAAGGUAUGCGCUGCCGUGCUGGUUCUGUUCUCACCGAAAGGAAAGAUCCCGAAAGAUCGCAGCUGGAAGGCUUGCAAAUUGAUGAUGAAUCGGGUCGACGUGUUUCUGAACGAUCUGUUGUACUAUGACAAGGAACAUAUUCAUCCGGAUGUUAUUAAAGCGUUGCAGGAGUAUCUCAAGGAUCCCGAUUUCGAUCCGGAGAAAAUUCGUGCCAAGUCUGCGGCUGCGGCCGGUUUGAGCGCUUGGGUCAUCAACAUUCAUAAGUUCUAUCAGGUCUACUUGGUGGUGGAGCCUAAGCAGCGAGCUUUGAACGAAGCUCAGAGCGAACUGAAGGCAGCCCAGGACAAGUUGAUGGAUCUAACGAGUAUGAUCAAUGAACUGGAGGAACGGUUGGGUGUGAUCCAGGCCGAAUUCAAUGAUGCACUGGCGGAGAAGCAGAAAUGUCAGGACGAGGCAGAUAAGACCGCUUUCACGAUUGACCUUGCCCAUCGUCUGGUGAAUGGACUGGCGUCGGAAAAUGUACGCUGGCGGGAAUCGAUAGCUCAGCUGAAGAGUCAAACGGUGACUCUUCCCGGCGAUGUGCUAUUGGUUGCCUGUUUUAUCAGCUACGUCGGUUGCUUCACCAGACGGUACCGGGUCGAACUGCAGGAGAAGAUGUGGAUUCCGACUUUCCGGUUGUCAAAGCCGUCAAUUCCCUUCACCGAAGGCGUCGAUCCCUUGAAUCUAAUCGUGGAUGAUGCUACUAUUGCUUCCUGGAACAACGAAGGUCUCCCCUCGGACCGAAUGUCAGCGGAGAAUGCAGCAAUCCUUACGUAUUCCUCCCGUUGGCCACUGAUGAUUGAUCCUCAACUACAAGGCAUCAAAUGGAUCAAGCAGAAGUACGGCACGGACCUAACCGUGCUUCGGCUAACCGCCAAGGGUUAUCUGGACACGAUCGAGAAAUGCAUAACCGACGGCAGUAUCUUGCUGAUUGAGAACAUUGGCGAAACCGUGGACGCCGUACUGGAUCCACUGCUUGGCCGACAGCUCGUCAAAAAGGGCAAAUGUCUUCGGAUGGGCGAAAAAGAGAUCGAUUUCAAUCCGAACUUUCAGCUGAUCAUGCAGACCAAGUUGGCCAACCCACACUACAAGCCGGAAAUGCAGGCACAGACUACGCUGAUCAACUUCACCGUCACCAGAGAUGGUCUCGAGGAGCAACUUUUAGCGGAAGUCGUCAAAGCCGAACGGCCAGAUCUCGAACAGCAGAAAGCUGAUCUAACCAUGCAGCAAAAUACGUUCAAAAUUACACUGAAGAUGCUAGAGGAUGACCUGCUUAGUAGAUUGUCGUCGGCCGGCGAAAAUGUUCUAGAAGAUCCUACUCUGGUGCUGAACUUGGAGAAAACUAAGAAAACAGCCGCCGAAGUCGAAAUCAAAGUUCGCGAAGGUAAGAAAACCUCCGAACAAAUUGACGUAGCCCGCGAAAGCUACCGACCUGCCGCGGAACGAACUUCCAUCCUGUACUUCGUCCUGAACGAUCUACACAAAAUCAACCCGAUCUAUCAGUUCUCGCUGAAAGCAUUCACCACAGUCUUCAAGGACGCAAUCGCCGUGACUCCUCCGGCGGAAAAAUUGAAAGAUCGUGUCUUCAACUUGCUCGAUUCGAUCACCUUUGCCGUGCACAUGUACACCAGCCGUGGAUUGUUUGAGAAGGACAAGCUGAUCUUCAUGGCCCAGAUGACGAUUCAGAUCUCGCUACAGGCCAAGGAGAUCGAUCCGACCGAGCUGGACUUUGUGCUGCGAUUCCCCUUCACACCGAAUCUAACAUCGCCGUUCGAUUUCCUGACCAAUGCCGGUUGGGGUGGCAUCAAAGCACUUUCCAGCAUGGACGAGUUCCGAUCGCUGGAUAAGGAUAUUGAAGGAUCUGCGAAACGAUGGCGAAAGUUGAUCGAGUCGGAGUGUCCCGAGCGGGAGAAAAUGCCCGGAGAGUGGAAGAACAAAAACGGACUGCAGAGAUUGUGCAUAAUGCGCUGUAUGAGACCGGAUCGAAUGACGUAUGCGGUGCGUGCUUACGUCGAGGAAAAGCUAGGAUCGAAGUACGUGGAAGCUCGGAUGAUUGAGUUUGACAAAUCGUUCCGGGAAACAAGCUCUUCGACGCCGGUAUUCUUUAUUCUGUCACCGGGAGUUGAUCCGCUUAAGGACGUUGAAAAAUUGGGCAAGAAGCUGCGCUUCUCCACCGAUCACGGUAAUUUCUACAACGUCUCGCUGGGUCAAGGUCAGGAGGUGGUCGCUGAAGCUGCCAUCGAUGUUGCCUCCAAGGACGGUCACUGGGUGAUUCUGCAAAACAUUCAUCUAGUAGCAAAGUGGCUACCGACGUUAGAGAAAAAAAUGGAAGCUACGCUGGAAGACGCUCAUCCCAAUUACCGGCUGUUCAUCAGUGCCGAACCAGCUGGGUCGCCCGAGUAUCACAUAAUACCGCAAGGAAUUCUGGAGUCGGCCAUUAAAAUUACCAACGAACCACCUACGGGAAUGCUUGCCAACAUCCACAAAGCGUUGGAUAAUUUCAACCAGGAAACGCUGGAAAUGUGCGGCAAAGAGGCCGAGUUCAAAGCUAUUCUAUUUUCGCUCUGCUACUUCCAUGCCGUAGUUGCUGAGCGUCGUAAGUUUGGUCCGCAGGGCUGGAAUCGAGUCUAUCCUUUCAACGUGGGUGAUCUCACUAUCAGCGUCUACGUUCUGUACAACUAUCUGGAAGCGAACAAUCGAGUUCCGUGGGAAGAUCUCCGCUAUCUCUUUGGGGAGAUCAUGUACGGCGGUCACAUCACGGACGACUGGGAUCGACGAUUGUGUAGAACCUAUCUGGAGGAGCUGAUGCAACCGGAAUUGGUCGAUGGAGAUUUGAAUCUCUGCGUCGGUUUCCCAGCUCCUCCCAAUCUAGAUUACCCUGGAUAUCAUAAUUACAUUGAUGACAACCUACCGGUAGAGUCCCCAUACCUGUACGGACUCCACCCGAAUGCCGAGAUAGGUUUCCUGACCACGCUCUCCGAGCAAUUGUUCAAAAUCAUCUUCGAGCUACAACCUCGCGAAUCGGGCGCAACCAGUGGUUCCAGCGUGAGCCGAGAGGAUGUUGUAAAAACCAUCAUCGAAGACUUCACCGAUAAGCUACCGGAAGAAUUUAACAUGGUCGAAUUGAUGGCUCGCGUCGAAGAUCGAACACCGUUCGUGAUUGUCGCUUUCCAGGAAUGCGAACGGAUGAACAUUCUGGUUCAGGAGAUGAAGCGAACGCUAAGGGAAUUGAUGCUUGGUCUUAAGGGUGAGCUGACCAUCACCUCGGACAUGGAAGAUUUGGAAUCGUCACUGUUUUUCGACCACGUACCGGAGAGCUGGACCAAACGGGCCUAUCCGUCGAUGUUUGGUUUGCAGUUAUGGUUUGCCGAUUUGACCGUUCGGAUUAAGGAGUUGGAGUCGUGGUCGAAUGACUUUAAUCUGCCUUCAUCGGUUUGGUUGGCGGGAUUUUUUAAUCCGCAGAGUUUUCUGACGGCGAUUAUGCAGCAGACGGCCCGUAAAAAUGAGUGGCCUCUGGACAAGAUGUGUUUGAGCUGUGAUGUGACGAAGAAGUGGAAGGAGGAUAUCAGUGCUGCGCCUCGUGAGGGGGCCUACGUUAACGGGCUGUACAUGGAAGGGGCACGCUGGGAUACAACUAUUGGGUCGAUCGCUAGCUCUCGGUUGAAGGAGUUGUUUCCGCAGAUGCCGGUCAUUUUUAUUAAAGCGAUUACGCAGGACAAGCAGGAGACGAAGAAUAUCUACGAGUGUCCCGUCUAUAAGACGAGAAUUCGAGGACCUACCUACGUUUGGACUUUUAAUUUGAAGACGAAGGAGAAACCAGCCAAGUGGACGCUGGGAGGUGUUUGUCUGUUGCUUCAGGUUUAGCUUAGCUAUAUAUAGAGAGAUGUAGUGAUGUAUCGAUGUUUGUUGCCGAGAAGCAUUAAAACAUAUUGGUUCUUGAA